AUCAAAUCAUCAUAUCAAAAAACAUCGCACACAAACCACCCAAAACUUACAGUACAAAAAUGACAAAUAAAUAAAAUAGAAACAUGACUAACAAAUUACUCAGAUUAACAAAUAAAAUAUUAAGAUAUAUAGCGGCCUAAACAUAUCGUCCAGCUCGAGGAAAUGCCUCAGCAAAAACACAGGCGACGAUGGCGCAGGAAGGGCAUGUGCUGCAUGCCGGCGCCCCGGCCCUGCAUCGACAGCAUGCCGCGCCGCUGCAUGCCACACUGCGCCGUCUGCCCGCCCUGUCCCUCCGCCCAGCACAUCACCGCCUCCAGCUCCAGCCACUCCGAAUGCUCCUGCGAAGAGGAGAAAUUCUGCACCGUAGACAGCUGUAAAAACGCUCCACAAUGCAUUACGGCAAAACUAAAGUACUGCCCGUACGGCUUUAAAGAUAAAUCCGGUUCAGAUCUGAGACCAGAUCAAGCACACAGUAGAGAGAUGCUUGAAUAUCAGCCGUCUCAAGAAAGAGAAAUGAGAGCACAAUAUCCACAAGCCGCUUCCACACCUUAUAUGCAACCGCAAGCACAACCAGGAGGGCAACUCACACCGGAAUUUGCACCAAGCGGGUAUGCGUCAGUUCCCACAAUAUCUUCAAUACACAGUAGAGCUCCGGAUCAGUUUGAUCAAUCAAUGCCGCAAUACGUGCAGCAAAUGCCCGUGGACGCUGUGCAGGGGCCAAUAAUGCAACAAGAUUUUGGACACCCCGGAUCUCAAGCUCAAAUGCAAGGUAGAAUGACUCCAAUAUCUCCCGAAUCUCAGGCUCAAAUGCAAAGCAGAAUGAUGCCUAUAUCUCCGGAAUCCCAACCUCAAAUUCAAGGGAGAAUGAUGCCAAUAUCUCCCGAAUAUCAGGCACCAAUGCAAGGAAGAAUUAUAGCAAUGCCUCCCGAAUCCCAGCCUCAAAUGCAACAGAGAAUGAUGCCAGUACCACCGGAAUCUCAGGCGCAAAUGCAAGGGAGAAUGACACCAAUAUCUCCCGAAUCUCAGGUUCAAAUGCAAGGAAGGAUGAUGCCAAUACCUCCGGAAUCCCAACCUCAAAUGCAACAGAGAAUGAUGCCAAUAUCUCCUGAAUCUCAGGCUCAAAUGCAAGGGAGAUAUAUUCCAAUAUCACCCGAACCUCAGGCUCAAAUGCAGCAGAGAAUGAUACCUAGACCCGACACUAUGCCAUCACCAGUAUCUGUUACAAGUGGACCGAGCAUUCAAAUUAGGACAGCAGAUCAGUUUCAACCGUACUACACCCAACCACAGGACACAAUGCCGAGUUACGACUACCCCGCUACGAGACGACCUAUCCCCGUUUCACAAGAGGAGGGCUACAUGAAUAUUCCACGAGCCGAGAAACAAGUAGGUGGGUAUUCUCCUGCGCAAUACAGCUUGGGUCCAGCUCCUGAAGAUUCAAUUUAUCCCAGCGGUCCACCACCGCCUCAAUUUGAUCCUGGCCAAAAGUAUUCUUUGUCCGCAGUAUCAUCGGCGGAUAGAAUGAAACCAAGACCUAUCAUCAUUCAAGAUGAACCAAGAAGAAUGCCACAAUAUACAUCGGCCACAGAAUAUGUUCCCUCAGACAGGCCACUUGCACCAUCGCCGAGGCCGCCUAGAGUACAACAACCCGUUCCUGAAUCUUCUUACGUCAGAUACGUUUCAGAAUCACCGACUUCGCCAGCGCCAUCGGAGAGAAUACCAAGCUCAAGACCCGUGUCGACAGAGGGACUGGCUAGGACUGUGUACCGUCCUCCAUACCAGGCUGAUACGAGUAUGGGCGUUCCGUACCAAGCCGAUACUAGUAGGGGCGUUCCAUACCAAGCCGACAUCAGUAGAGGAGCCCCGUACCAAGCAGAUACCAGUAGGGGUGUUCCGUACCAGGCUGAUGUCAGCAGAGGGGUUCCAUACCAGGCUGAUAUCAGUAUGGGUACGCCAUACCAGGCCGAAGCUCGUAUGGGGGCCCCGUACCCAGCUGAGGUUCGCGCAGGAGCUCCAUACCAAGCCGGUACUCGUACUGGAGCUCCAUACCAGGCUGAUACCCGUAUGGGAGCUCCAUAUCAGGAUACACGUACGGGGUAUCAACCUAGUGUUGCAGCAGAGCCUGUUCCAAAAAAAUCAGUGCACCACGCAUUACCCGACACUACUUACGAUACAUCGCUGCCUCUGUCACCGUCAGCGCCAGAAAUGGACGUUACAAUGGACAGAUCCAGAAGAGGAUAUCAACCAAUGCCUAGUGGGUAUGAAUCUGCAAUGGAAUCUCCGCCCACAAUGGUUCAAUCCCCCCCUUCGCGAUAUCCUAUUGGUCGACCACUGGCUGAAAGUACAUCUAUAGGGAGCAGUAGAAACAUCCCAAUGGACUACAGCGCAGGACCCCCGCUUUCCCCACCGACGUCGAUGCGCACAAGCGAGCAGCGGCCUACGGCGACGGACGGCCUACACAAAAUAUCUUACCGCGGUCCAUCAACUGGAUAUAACAAGUUCUGUAAAGAACCCCCGCAGCCGGAGUACGUCGAUAAAUCUGUCGGCUUCGAAUAUCCAGUACCACAAAGUGAGUUAGGUGCGUCUGACGAGACUCCUCCAAAAUGUUCCUGUCGCUAUCCCCCAGCGUUCAAACAUCUGGAGUGCGCCGGCCUCAUGAGCGGCACCUGCGAGUGCAAUGAAAAUGAUUUGUAAGCAUACUAAAUAAAAUUUUAAUUGCAAUAACUGAAGUCAUAAUCGUCCAAAAAUCCUGUUAAAUAUUCUUUACUUU